UCAAAUCAAUUCUUCUCUUUCCUCCUUGCUUCCUACUAUCAAGUUUCUCUUUUUAGUAUCUUUUUUCGGUUGCCAUUCUUGUUCUUAUCUUUCCAGUCUCUGCCCAGUUCUUUCCUUCUAUUACUAAUACCAGUCUAUAUUAAGUUGUUUUGUUGUAUUUUCAGUCUCUGUUCAACUUCUUUCUUCUAUGACCGGUCUCCUUUUGAUCUUUCUAGUCUCAAUUCAGACAGUUUCCGGUAUUUCUAGAUUCUUUCUAUUCAUCCUCCUCUCUGCUUAAGCUUUCUUUUCUCAUUCCAGUCCCUCUACAAUCUGGUACUUCUAUUGCCAGUCUUAUUCCAGUUUUUCUUUACUACUUACACAAUCUUUUUCCAGCUGCUUUUUUCUUUGCCCAACUUGCUUUUUUCCUUUCCAGACUCUGUUCAGUCAAUAAUUCUCUGUUCCAGACAAUGAUUCAUUAAUCGUAUAAAUUUAACAAGAAAUCGUAAGUUUAAAUAAAUCAGUCACUUGUCAUAGCUGUCACAAACCACAAAAAAAACUUCAUCAUUAACAAAAUUUUCAGUAAAAAAAAAAUAAUAAUGUCCGAUAAGAAAUCAUUUGGAACAGAUUUUCGAGAUAUCAAAGAGAGUUAUCUACAGUAUGUAACAAAAACACAAUUUGAUGAAUACAUAUUAUCCAAAAAGAAUAAGUUGACUAGAACAGCAUCGGAAGAACUUGUAGAAAAUUACUUAAAGCUAAGACGUGAAUUAACAAAUGAACGAAUAAAAACGUUAUCAAGACCAACAAGUCCUAAGAAAAAAUAUAAAAGACCAACAACUCCAAAACACACCGUAAACAAAGCUGCUUUAUCAUACCGCGCAUCAAGGCGAAUUGAAGAAAUGUCAAAACCGAAAACCAGAAACUUAAUUCAAAAAGAAACGAUCGUUCUGGGAGCAGUAAAACCGGAAGCUUUAGAGCAUAUGACAACCGAAAAAGAGUAUGAAUUAUCAAAUCCGCGAUCAUGGAAGUAUCCCUUGCGCGAUCCUAAUAUUAAAAAGGAACCUUUUGCCACAUCCAAAGCGGCAUUGAGAUAUGUACCAACACGGAGAAUUGUCAAUUUGGCCAAACCACUUAAAAGAAAGAUGUUCGAAUACAGAAAUGAUCAGUAACAAAUAGGAAAAAAAUAGAAAAUAAUUAAAAUCUUUCCACUUA